AUGUCUGCUGGGGGAAACAAGUAUGUGACGGUGGCGAGUGGGAAGGACGGUGGGGCGGUACAAUGCUGCUUCUAUGGCUGGAUAAUUGUGUUUACCUGCAUCCUCUGUAAGAUCUUCAAGGUGCAAGGAGAGAACAAGGUCAUGACUUACACUGUGCCUCACUUGAUGGAAGAGUUCCAGUUCUCGCAUGCUCAUCUUGGGGGCUUCUUCUCAGCUGCAACGAUCAUGGCUGGCACUGCUCAGCCCAUGCUCGGUAAGGCCGUGGAUUAUUUUGGGGGGCGGAUUUGCAUCUCGCUACUGCAGCUCGCCAUAGGCGUCUCACUCGCAGUCUUUGCUCACUGGUAUUGCGCAGAGAACCGGCCGUUGCUUCGCAUGGAGGCGGUCUCGGUCUUCUUCUUGCUGCGGAUCUUGUGCCUAGGCGCAGGGGAGACGUUUCCCAACGCCCUUGUGCAGCAAUGGUUCCACAAGAAGCGUGGCCGUGCCAUCGGCGUAAUUUUUACAACCCAAUGGCUCGGCCAGGCUCUCUUUGGCACAUUCAUUGCCGGUAUCGUAGAUCGUUACGGUUGGCGUGAGGCCGCUAUGCUGGGAGCGGCUGUGAAUCUGGCAUUGGCACCCGUGAGCCUACUGCUGCUGAGGAGGAGCCCUGAGGUUUGUGGUUUGAUGCCGGAUGGAUCCACCCCGAAAGAUUCGGCAAUCGUGAUUGUGGCGGAAGAAGCGCCUGAGACGAAGGAUAACUUGAAAGAAGAGGAAACACCGACAGAUUUGCGGAAGUUUUGGGCCCACUUCGGACUUACUUUCUUCUACGCAAUGAUGUUUGGUGGCUCUGAUUUCUACAUGGUGGAGAUCAUUGAAGAGGCAUCGCCAAUGCCAGAAGUUUCUGCUGUGUCGGUGCCCUGGCACAUCUUCACUCCUUUGGCUGUGGUCACUUCGAUCGCACUUCCGGCUGUCGGUGAGUUGAUGGAUGCACACAGUAGCCACUCAAAGUGGCUGCCGCCAAGUCUGCUUGCCUUAGCAUGCAUCCUCGGAUCCAUUGCUACACUGAUGCUCUCCUCGAUCAGAAGUUGGUUUGCAGCAGUUUGUUACGGUGUGCUGCGUGGGAUCAGCACGGGAAUCUUGCAGACCUUGCUCUUGGCAGGCUUGUGUUUUUCUGCCCAGGGAGUCAGUCGAGCGGAGAUCGGUCGUAUUCUGGGCUCUAAUUUGUUGUGCAACUUGGUCGGUACAGGGAGUGCGCCUUUCUUGUUCGGCAUCUGCCGGGAUCUUUUCGGCAGCUUUGGUGUCUCCCUAUGCGUGCCGAGCGUGCCCAUGCUUUUCCUGGCAGUCUACUUUACUCAUCAGGCCUUGUGGUUUAAGACCGACGGAAGUGCCGUUCAAGGCCUUGUGGUUUAA